CGUGUUUGGGCGAAUCCUUGCCGUUCAUUCGCGCACUGCAACGUGAAAGAAAAACAAAGCUCGGCCGAGACUGCCUUGCGGGCGACCAUAUUAGGCUACUCGGACGGUUGGCGCAUCUCCGGGUUGUUUGUUAAUUUUUUUUUACGUUCCAGGCAGGGGUUGUUAUAAUUUGCACACCCGCCGCCGAGUCAACAACAAUCCGUUCCGUCUGGUCCGGUCUGCACUGGUACGCAGAGAAGGCGUACGCCGGCAUACCGUCGCGAUUUAUUUGCAGUGUUGUGACCGCGUUUGUCAUCGUGCAUGGAGUGUUCGACCGUGCGUGAGAGAGUGAGUGAGGAACAGCACAACGAGGCAAGGAAAAAGGGGGGAUACACAGUGUGUGAGUGGAGCGCCGAAGCGAAGGUACUUGUCGUGCGAGUCAUGUGUGUGUGUGUGUAUGAGUAGAAGUGUCGGUGUUUGUAUGUGAGAGCGAAUGUGGCGUACCGUGUGCUCCAUAAACCUCGAGCCAGUGUGUACUGUGGCAGGGUCGUGCGCCUGAAUGGUUGGCAUUGCGCUCGACACGUUGUUCGUGUGUGGCUGACUGACGCAAUUUUCGGGGGCGAUUUUGGGCAAAACCUGCCUGCUACCUUGUCUGCGCGGCAACACUCAACAACCAAUUGCGAGCGGACACCUCGCAAACAACAGUCUUCCAACGCAGGGAGGACUUCGCUGUACGAAGAACAGUUUCCGUGCGGUCGCCUAAAAGUUAUGCAGCGCGGGCGUGCAUUGUAGUUUGUAAAAGUGAGCUAUUUUUGGUGCAGAUCGAAAGACUCUCCCGUGUGUGCGUGUGAUUUUGUGUUUGGCUCGGUUUUCAAGUUCACCAGUGCGAACGAUGAACCUUGAAGCGAACAUGUCCUCGCCGGAGGUGGACAUUGACGUGAACGUAGUGUCAAGCCCGGAACCGAGUCCACGGCCACUCGAUAGCCCGCAGCCGGGACAGACGGGCAGUGAUGAUGAGCAGCGGUCAUCACCCGACACUCAACACCACCAGUCGGCCUAUUCCACACCAUCUCAACAACCACCACAACAAUUAAAGCCAACGCACUCACCAACGCAAUCACUGCAGCAGCAGCAGCAGCAGCACCAACAGCAGCUGCACCACCAACAGCAGAACCACCUGAGCCCGCACGCGGCCGCCGGACACGGUGUUGUGCUGCAGCAUCAUUCGGCGAUGGUGGCGGCUGCGGCGGCCGCCGCUGCCCUCCACCAUCAGGCGGCGGCAGCAGCGGCUCAGGCGGCCGGACAGCACGGUUGCGGUUCCUACCAUGUGCCGCCGGUGGUGGCGGCCCCGGUACCGGCCAAUCCGGUCAACAGCACCAUCAACACCACCAACAGCGCUAGCAACAACUUCAACCACAGUCCCGACUCACGGUUAAGCCCGCCGAAAACUCCGCCAGAGCAGCAGCACCAUCAUCACCAUCAUCCGCAGCAGCAGCAGCAGCAGCAGCAUCACCAACAUCCCGCACAUCAUCAGCAUCCGCCGCUACAUCCUCACUCGCAUAUCAAUCAACUACAGCAUCAGCAAACGCAACAGCAGCAGCAGCAGCAGUCACCGGUACAGCCGACGGUCGGCAAAACGUCGACCAAUCCGGGCUAUACCAGCUUCUCCAUCUCGAGCAUACUGAGCCGGACGGAGCCGGUCUCGAAGAAGGGCAUCGGUGUGAUAACGCCCGUACCGUCGCUACCGCUGUCGGCGGCGGCAGCCGCUGCAGCGGCCGCAGCAUCAGUCUCGAACGGAACCGUCAGUCUUGGCACGAACGGUACGCCCAGUACGCAGGAUGCCGCCAUGUUGUCAAGAUUGGGAUUCAUGUCACAGUGGAGUGCGAUUGCUAAUCGGUAUGCAGCACUCUGCCCGCCCGGCUGGCCCUGGCCACCGACGUCACAUCGGAUGCCUUUCCACAGCCCCAACAACGACAACUCCGCCAAUGCGAUCGAAAACCAGUCCCCCUCGCUGACCCCGCCACCAUCCCAGCAAUCGAAGUCUCCCUCGCCCCAUCCCGCCUUUCUCGGUGCUCGUGCAACCGGGUGUGGCGGUACGGGCGGGCUCGUCGGGAUGGGCGGACCGGGUGCCGGCGGUGGUCCGGGUGGUUCCGGCGGCGUUAGCAACGGCGACGACUGCGAGUCCGAUGACGAUGGGCAGGAAAUCAUCGAGGAGGACGACGAAAGUGAUCGACCGUCCGAUUCGGCCUCACCAAACUCCAACGGCAGUGCAAUGCAGGCGAAGCGAAAGAAGAAAACGCGAACCGUCUUUUCCCGGGCGCAGGUGUUCCAGCUCGAGUCUACCUUCGACCUGAAACGCUAUCUCAGCUCCUCGGAACGUGCAGGACUUGCCGCGUCGCUUCGGCUCACCGAAACGCAGGUAAAGAUCUGGUUCCAGAACCGGCGGAACAAAUGGAAACGGCAGCUAGCGGCCGAACUGGAGGCAGCCAACAUGGCCAACAUGGCGCACGCCGCCCAACGGCUGGUGCGGGUCCCCGUACUCUACCACGAGGGUGCGACCGGUGGCUUUGUGCCGCCUCCACCCCAUCCUCACUCGCAGCAGCUCUACUACACCACAUCCGCUGGCCGUGCCGGUUCACCGCCACGGCCACCGCUCUCCUCGCUGGUGUAAUGGAGGCUACCGGGAGCCGACGUUGGACAGCUCGGGUAAGUGGUACGGAGGACUCGGGUCUCUACCAUACCACACUAGCCACACCUUCGGACUUCCUUCAUAUGCGUUAUGAUCAAGAGAGAGAGAGAGAGAGAGA